GCAGCAGCAGCAGCAGGAAAAGAGACGGGGGAGGAGAAGAGGAAGAGUAUCAGAGUAGGAGCGCAGGAGCGCGUCUCGUCAACCUGCCUGCCUGCCUGCCUGCCUGCCUGCCUGCCUGCCGCCAUGUCGACGCUGCGGCCGCGGCCCCUCACUUUCGUCUUUGUAAAUGUUCACUUUCUCCUUCCGUGACCAAACGUCAGCAGCGUCCGCCUCGGCGGCCAUGAAGCCCCGCCUCCUUCUCAGUCAAGGCCUCCCCGCCGGCCGGUCGCCGCCCGCCAGCAGGUCGCUCGCUCGCUCGCUCGCUGAGGGGUGACCCAUGAAGACUCCGAAUGAAACAAACAAGCAGCGGGGGGAGGAGGCGGAGCAGACGCCGAGCCCUCUGGAGAGCAAUGUGAAGGCAGCCCAGCUGUGGCGGGACGCCGCCCUCCGCUCCAGGAAGCUGCGCAACGAUCUGCGCCAGCUGCCCCCCGAGCCCAAAGACGCGGCGGCGGCGGCCACCGCCGACUUGGCCGCCGACUUGUCCCACGUGGAGGCCCUGAACCUGGGAAACAGCCUCCUGCAGGAGCUGCCCGAAGGCCUGGCGUCCAGUCUCAGCAACCUGCGCGUGCUGGUGCUGCGCAGGAACCGCUUCUCCAGCGUGCCGUGCGCCGUCUUCGAGCUGAGGCAGCUGGUGGAGUUGGACCUGAGCCACAACCGGCUCCGGGCCGUGGCCGAGGGCCUGUGCCGGCUGAGCCGGCUGAAGAAACUGAGCGUAAGUCACAAUAGCAUUCAGCGGCUCCCUGAGCGCAUGGCCGCCUUGGAGCUUCUGGAGGAACUGGACGUCAGCUUCAACCACCUCUGCGACAUGCCGGCGUCCUUGCGCGGCCUGGCCCGGCUGCGCACGCUGGACGUAGACCACAACAAACUCAGCAGGUUCCCUCACGAGAUCCUGACGCUGGGCGACUUGGAGGAACUGGACUGCUCGGGGAACCAGUUUGAAGCUUUGCCAGAGGACGUGGUGAAGCUGAAGAGCAUCAAGAUCUUGUGGCUGAGCAGCCUCCGCUUGAAGUCCUUGCCCCACACGCUCUGCCAUCUGCAGAACCUGGAGAGCCUGAUGCUGGACGGGAACCGCCUGACCACGCUGCCGCACGCCUUUGGCGGCCUGCGAACGCUCCGAAUGGUCAACUUGUCCUCCAACCAGCUCACUGACUUCCCUGGGGCUCUUCUGGACAUUCUGGGGCUGGAAGAACUCUACCUGAGCAGGAACAAACUGACUCGGGUGCCCGAGGAAAUCGGGCGCUUGCAGAACCUGGUCAACCUUUGGCUGGACAACAACGACAUCGCCUACCUGCCGGCCUCAUUGGUGGACUUGGUGGAGCUGGAGGAGCUGGUUCUCCAGGGCAACCAAAUUGCCGUCCUUCCUGACCACUUUGGCAGGCUGUCCAAGGUGAACAUCUGGAAGGUGAAGGACAACCCGCUGGUGCGGCCUCCGUACGAGGUGUGCAUGAAGGGGAUCCCGCACAUCGCCGCGUACCAGCGGGACGCGGCGCGCUCACAGGUGCGAGCAAGGCCCAGACUCAAAGUGGUCCUGGUGGGACGGAAGGAUGCCGGGAAGACGCGACUGCGCCGGUGCCUGCUCAACGAGAGCCAACGUGAGAGCCAGCUGCUCAGCGAGAGCCAACGCGAGAGCCAACGCGAGAGCCAACGCGAGAGCCAACGCGAGAGCCAACGCGAGAGCCAACGCGAGAGCCAACGCGAGAGCCAGCUCAGCCAGAGCCAACGCGAGAGCCAGCUCAGCCAGAGCCAACGCGAGAGCCAGCUCAGCCAGAGCCAACGCGAGUGCCAGCUCAGCCAGAGCCAACGCGAGUGCCAGCUCAGCCAGAGCCAACGCGAGUGCCAGCUCAGCCAGAGCCAACGCGAGAGCCAGCUCAGCCAGAGCCUGCUGCUCAGCGACAGUGAGAGCCAGCUCAGCGACAGCGAGAACCGGCUCGGCAGCGACAGCGAAGGCGUCCACGCCAGCCAGGGGAUCCAAGUCAGCAGCUGGGCGGCCGAGGGCGGCCCGGCCUUCCUUGUCUACGACUUGUCGGGAAAGCCCGAGCUGGACCCGCUCAAUGCCUUCUUCUUGUCCCCCUCUGCGCUCUACAUCCUGGUGGUCAACCUGCAGGCCUACUCUCCGUGCAGCUUCUACAGCCACGUGGGCUACUUCCUGCACCUGCUGGGCGCCAAGGUGCCCCAAGCCGUGGUGCUGCUGGUGGGCACGCACGCCGACCUGUGCGGGGAGGCCGAGCUGGAGGAAAAGAAGCUGGACAUCCAUCGGCAGGUGGGCCUGCAGCAGAGGAGGGACAUCCAGGUCCUGGCCGGCUCGGCACUCAAGGUGGAGCAGGCCUUGCAGCAAGGCUACGCCGCGCGCGCCUCCUGUCCGCACAGCCCCUUCUACGCCGUCUCCGACAGCAACCUGCGGCGGAAGAAGGCUGGCCUGCGCGCGCUUCUGGACCGCCGCCUACAGAUUCUCUCCCCCUUGCUGAGCGUCAGCUGCGGCGCGCCUGGCGGCGAGCAGACUGACAUCUGGCGCCUCUGCCGCAAACUGACCUCCGUGGCCCGCCACCCCGACAUCUUCCCCGAGCUCUACCGGCCGCCGCCCGGGUCCUGGCGGACGCUGGAGGAGCUGCUCCGCCGGUCCCCCCAGUUUUGGCUGACCCGCCGCGACUCGGCUCGUCUGGGCCAGCAGGCCGGGCUGACGGGGGAGGAGCGCCUGCAAAGCGCCUUGUCCUACCUGCACCGGAGCGGGGCGCUGCUGCACUUGGAGGACAGCCCCGCCCUGAAGGACUACGUUUUUCACAAGCCACCGCGCCUCCUCGCCAUCCUCAACGUCUUCUUCCAGAGAGACGGGACGGGCGCUGCUGCCGCCGCCGGAACCCGGCAGCCCGAUGAGGACGGCGAGAAGCUACAGCGCCACCUGGACGCUUUCCGUAGCCACGGCCUCCUGCCAUCCUCCGCCAUUCCCUGGCUGCUGCGCCCUCUCGUCCAGACCCAGCGGGACGUGGACGCGGUCCUGGAGCUCCUGGACAAGAUGGGCGUCUGCUAUUGCGUCAACAAAGCCCGCGGCGGCAAGCCUCCCAAAGGCACCACCGAGCUGUGGUACAAAUUCCCCGGGUACGUCCACCGAGGCGACGGGAGCCCCGAGAGCCCACCCCGAGGCGCCUUUGAGACGGAACCCGGCGGCGGGAGCCCCGAGAGCCUAACCCGAGGCGCCUUUGAGACGGAACCCGGCGGCGGGAGCCCCGAGAGCCCCCCCCCAGGCGCCUUUGAGACGGAAGCCGGCGGCGGGAGCACCGAGAGCCCACCCCGAGGCGCCUUUGAGACGGAACCCGGCGGCGGGAGCCCCGAGAGCCCACUCCGAGGCGCCUUUGAGACAAAAGUUGGCGGCGGGAGCUCGGAGCCCGACGGGGGCCGGGCGCCGCCGAGCCCCCCUUUCGCCGCCGAGCGGCUGCAGAUCCGCUACAGCUUCCCCUUCCUGCUCCCGCCCGGGAUCUUCACCCGCUUGGCCGCACGCAUCGACCGACACGUGGUCCGCAGGUGGGACGGCCGGCGCUGCGUCCUGGCGUACCGCGGAAAAGUCCCGGUGGUCAUCAGCCACCGGCCGGCGCCACCGCAGGCCCACACCCUGUCCAUCAGCAGCCGCGCCGCGCUGCCCAACAUGUGGACAGCGUGGCAGGCUGUCACGCCGCUGCUGCGCGAGCUGGAUGCCUUGCUGGAGGACUGGCCCGGUCUGCACUACCACAAGCACAUCCUGUGCGCCAAGUGCCUGCGAAGAGGCUCGGCCAGCCCGCACGCCUUCCCCGGAGAGCUUCUGUCCCAGCGGCGUCCCGAAGGCGUUAGCGAACUGACGUGUCCCAAGAAUUCUUCUGAGCGAGUUAACGUGGCUUUGGUCUACCCGCCCGCACCCACAGACAUUGGCCCCGAGUGACCCCGCCACACCCAACAGAGACUCCGACCGACCUCACACGCCGGUUGUCGGUCUGCUGCGAAGGGCUCGGGGAUGCUUUCUCAGGAACCUGACGCCAGAGCGUCGGACUGCUGUAAACACGCCGGGGAACGGAUCGGUGCGUCCCGGACACGCUCCAUCAGGCGACGCGACUAUUUACUCCUCAGUUGGUGUCCAAAGAUGAGCAAAAUGUCUUUUUGUGUGUCAUUGUGACGGAACCUCGUUGUUACCGUGGCGACACGUGACAGAGUGCCUGAUGGAUGACUGGCCUUUUUCAUGGAAAUAAAGCCUUUAUUUUGCUACACAAUCAGAAGAGAGGCGUGUGAAUAAAAGAAAGAAUUAUUUAUCCUUUUUGAAA